AUGGUUGACUUGGUGAAGACGAUUUUGUUCAUUGCCUACUGGUAUGGUUUUGCCGUGGGAGUGUCCAACUUCGAGGUGGAUCCACUAACGGGAGCAGCAAGUGCCACCCGAAGAACUACAAUCUAUGCAGCAGUGCACAAUACAAGUCUAAUCACUCUGCUAAUUUGGUUCUGCCUGGGCAAUAAUUCGCUGAUAUCGGAGUUGGCAACCGCUCGAUAUCUGCAUGAGUACUUCUUUUUGCUCAUGACUGCGGUUCGAAUCUCGGCAGUGCUGCUCUCACUGGUCACCAGAUGGUAUCAGCGCUGUCGAUUCAUCAGAAUAUGGAAUCAGAUACUAGCACUCGUUCGCGACAGACCUCAGGUGGUUCGUGGGCGCUGGUACCGCCGCAGCAUUAUCCUUAAAUUUGUGUUCUGUGUCCUGUCAGACUCGCUGCACGCGAUAUCGGAUGUGAGUGCGCAACGAAAGCGGAUUACCGCUGACCUCAUUGCCAAGUUGAGCCUACUGGCCACAGUGACCACCAUCUUCAACAUGAUCGUGUGCCAGUACUACUUGGCCAUGGUCCAUGUAAUUGGGCUCUACCAGAUUCUGCUCCAGGAUCUGCGAUGCUUGGUCCGCGAGGCUGAAUGCGCCUGCUGCAUUCGCAAUCGUCGCGGUGGAGUCUACUCCAUUCAAUGCUGCUCCUUGGCAGAUCAACUGGACCUAAUUGCCGAGAGGCAUUAUACUCUGAAGGACAGACUGAAUGAGAUGUCGGAGCUAUUUCAGAUACAGAGCUUAAGCAUGAGCUUGGUGUACUUUUUCUCCACCAUGGGCUCCAUUUACUUUAGCGUCUGCUCGAUUCUAUACAGCUCAACAGGAUUCGGCUCUACGUAUUGGGGUCUUCUGCUGAUUGUCUUGUCGACUGUCUCCUUCUAUAUGGAUAGUUGGUUAUCCGUAAACAUUGGGUUCCACAUUCGCGAUCAGCAGGAUGAACUAGUCCGCGUACUUUCAGAUCGAACUCUAUUCAGUCGAGAAUUGGACAGCCGACUGGAGGCAGCCUUUGACAACUUCCAGCUGCAACUGGCCAGUAACCGCAAUGAAUUCUACGUAAUGGGUCUCUUCAAAAUGGAACGAAGUCGUUUAAUCGCUAUGCUAAGCUCAGUCAUCGGCUACACUAUGGUUCUUGUGCAGUGGGAAAUUCAGAACAAUGGAUCCUAA